UAAAUGAUCUUUGAUGUUGUUUUAAUCUGACGGGAUUGAUUUCGGGUUUUUAGUAUUUCUAGAGUGUGAUUGAGACAUUCGCCGCGCUAGUCGUAUUUGAAGAACUGUGAAGAAGAAUCAUUACAUUUCGCAUUUAGCAUUGUGGUGGAAGGUUAUAAAGGAGUGAUGCCACAGACUAAGAAAAAGAAGCAACCGAAAAAUGCAUUUUUACUUUUUAUGAUUCACUUCAAAAGCCAGCAGGAAGCAAAAGGUAUCAUGUUUCCUGGUGGUAUGAAGGAUGUUGCUGCUAAGGCAGAACCAAUAUGGAAGAAGAUGGACCUAAGUGAGAAAUGGAUUUAUGAGGAAGAAUCUCGGAAGGAGAAGGAACGAGACAAACUUAAUCUUGAAAACAAAUACACAACAUUUGGUAAGAGCUAUGCGCAAGUUGAACGUGAGAAGAAUGAGGCCAUUGAAGAGCAGAUCAGGAUGACUCAAGAAAUAGAGGUCACAGUGCGGUCACUGGACUGUUGCACAUCCUUACAGACCAAUAAAUUCUACCUGAUCCAUGUGAACUAUUACUGUCGGCACGAGAAGGGAAUGUACACGCCUUGCGAAUUGGCUCUCGCAGAGUUCAAUUUUGUGGAUGGCAUCAGGAGUGUGUACCACACGCUGAUCAACCCAGGCACAAUUCCUCUUGGAUAUAAGUAUGAAGCAAACAAACACUCAGAAGAGACUCAUCAGAUUCCAGUUCCUCCAGAAGAAUUUGGAGGUGAAACAGAUUAUGUUAAAAUCCUUAUCAGUGUCAAGCAGUUUCUCUUGGGACCAAGUCAAGAUGAAUCCUUGAUGCCACCACUGUAUACACAGCCAAACUGUAUAGACGCUGCGAAGGAUGUCCUUUCCAAGCUUGAGGAUAGUAUUCGUGCAGGCUGCUCAAGCGAGUUUGACGUGUUCAGAGUGUACCCUCUCCCUAAGCUGUUUUAUGAACUACGUAAUGCAUGUGUCAGCAACAGGCCUGGGAAAGUAGGUUUUCCAGCAUUCAGCCUAGCAGAACGUGAACUCGAUAAAGAUGUGUUUAACUAUACCAGAGGAAUCUCAUGUGAGUUUCAUGAAGAGACUGAUGCUCUGCCAUUCUGCAGCCUGUCAUGUGUCCGCCGCUGGGGCUUCCUCAUCAUGGACCAUUGUUGCAAAGACUUAGGCAUCCAGCUUGUGGCAGGAAAGCAUUGUCCCAAAGAAGCUGACACAUCACGCUACCUGAAAUUGGCAUAUCAGGCUUCUAGCACGGCUGGAGAUGCUUCACCACAUUCAUCCAACUCAUUAAUGAAGACAAGCUUUGUGGACUAUGGUAGUCUUCUGCCUGAUCCGUCCUCUGCUCAGCAUUUCACCUUGGGAGCCACACCAGGGAUUGUCAGUGUCAGCAAGCAGCCUGAGCCCAAAAAACUGACAUGUCGGGAACCACUAGCACCGCUCCGUCCACCGAAGACCGACUCUGUAGCUUUAAGUCUCAUGACAGAAUUUACAGAAGAAGACUUCCCUGUUCUUGGCUCAUCAAAACAAAGUAAACCUGCCGGUGUGAUGAGAAAUGAGCCAAUUGCUGUAGCAGGCCGAGGAAAGCUAGCUGCCGGUCCUUCUAAACCCGUCAGCCUUGGAAGAGGACGUGGACUUGUUGCCGACUUGGAGAAAGACUUCGACAACAUGCAGUUCAGUUAGCAACAUCAUCAUUACUGAUUUUUUUGUCAGAAUUUCAUUGCUUACUGUGGAAAUAAGAUUGUUUUGUAUUUUUAACACACAGCUGAGGAUUUAUCUUUUAUUUUAUUUAGUCCUUACUGUAUCAUAUCUGACAUAAUUACUCCAUCUUUCAUUUAACCUGUUUUUUUUUAAAAUUUAUGCGUAUUGAGGAAUGGUUUUCUGGAACACCUGAUUGGAUAGUUUGGUGUACCCUCAUCUUAAAGGUUAAUACUUUUGUUUUAAUAUUGGUCAAGUGAAGUGUCAUGUUAUGUUCUACUACUACAAUUUAAGUUUAAUAACAUAAACUUAAAGCUAACAUAGGCUAUGGUAUUUGUUUAAUUUCUUAAAAGUGCAUUUAAAUUUGGAGAUUUGAAGAGGUAAAUUGGUUUAACUGAUGCAUCGGUUGUGAUAGUGGUGUAGGAAUAAUACAUUUGUAAGUUCUAUAGGAAGAUUUCUGUCUUCUGGGUUGUUGCGCUGUGUAAUCUGGUCGAUGGUUACCAACGUUUCAGAGGUCGUACUGCCUCCGUCGUCAGGGCAAUGCAUCUGAUGACCUCUGAAACGGUAACCAUCGACCAGAAUACACAGCGCAACAACCCACAAGACAGAAAUCUUCAUACUCACCGCUGUGAAAACCUCAACUCUUAAAAGUUCCAUAUCCUUUUAACACAAUAGCUGGUUUCUCUGAUUGAUUAUUGGAUACUGCAUGAUAACAUUACUGUAAUUCUUAUAAGGGCAAACUCAGGUUGAAAUUCAGUUUCCAUUGUCCUGCUCCGACUUUUAUAAAAUGUGUGUUUUGUGUAGCAAGUUAUCCUGGUGGCUUCCAAGUUUGCUUAUCAUUCAGAAUCUGAACUUUAAGUAUAACAAAAUUUGAUCCGCUUUUUUUUAUGAAGAUGGCUGUCUUCUGGAUUGUAGCCUUCUUUGUACCUACUGCUGUGAGAACCCCAGUUCCUGCUUAGCAUUUUUUACUUUUGAGAUAAGUAAAUGCAGAUUUUAAUUUCUCCAAGAAGUGUUCAGUUUCAGUGGAAAGGUUAUAAAUAACUUAAGAAGAGAUUUACCAAAUGUUCCUGUGUAUUGAGCAGAAAGAAACAACUGAAAAUUUUCAUAUUCUAUAAUCCUAAAUUCUUUUUCACAAGUAUAGAUACAAAUAUUUUGUUUUGAGGCCAACAUGGUGCAAGAAUUAGUAACUACUUCUAGCAUUAUUUCUUUUUUUGUGAGGGUUGAUGGGAAGAAAGGUUCAAAAUUCCAAUGUCUCGCAACCUCAUUUUAAUCUUUCCUCUGAUGUAACGUAGUACCUGGCUGAAGCAUCUGCUUCUAGAUUCUUGCUAUUCAAAAUACUAUUAGUAUAAACCGAUUUGUGUUUGUAUAUGACUCUUACUUGGUGGUUGUGUGACUAAGAAGUGUUUGGGAACAAAGGAUCCCCUCUAUAUUUUGUCUUUGUUUUAGCAUAAUAAAUUCUCUCAGUAUUUUAUAAUUUACAAAAUGUAAUAUUUUUGUGUUUGACUGUUGUUGCUUCUAUUUGGAAAGAACAUGGACUCUUACAUUCAGGUGAAAUUACAGGUGUGUCUGUGGUACUGUUAUUUAAUUUAUGGAAGUGACUCUAAGUUUUACAUAGUGUUUACUAUUGUGGCACUAUCCACACAUAUGAUAAUGCUUUUGUGUAUUAAUUACUGAUUCCUUUGUUUUCCUGCGUUUUUCUCAUGUACACUUUGUACGAGAUUCCUUCACACUCUUACUUCAUAAUGGUUGUUAAUUGCAAUGAAGUAUUUUUACUGUAUAUUUGUUUAUAUGUGUGUAUGUUUUGUAAUUGUUUUAUAUGUGAACGUUGCAUAUUAAAAAGAUUGCAAUGA